CAGGCACACGGCCAGGGCUCAGGAAGGCAGAGGAAGAGGAGAAAGGAGGCUGCUGGCUGCCCACAUUCCUCGCUGCAGCUUCCUUGUGAGCACAAAAGCUCCCAUCCCCCAGGACAGGUGCUGUGUUUUGGGGCCGGGCAGCAGCCAUGGCCUCAGCCAGCCUGUUACAGCUGCUGGAUGACGCCAUCGGGACGCCCGAGGUCAAUGUCAAUCUGGAGGCGCUCCGCAAACUGCUGAAGAUCGUGUUGGAACACCUGGGCCUGCUGGGCCCGCAGGACGAGGAAGGGGGAACCGGCAGCGAGGCUGGGGCAGGGGGCACACGGCAGCCGCGGGAGCCGCCGCCCGGGAAGGACAAGCCGCAGGGCACCGGGAGCGAUCUGCGCCCUCAUACCAAGGAACCCCAAAAGGAGAUGGCUGGGACUGAGGCCACUCAGUCCAACACGGGAGAGGAAAUCCAGAAGAUCAAGGAGGCACUUGGCCAGGCUACACAUCUCUGCAAGGAUCUCCGUGAGGAGAUCAAUGAGAUGAAGGCCACACAGUCCCGCAUGGCAGAAGGCAUACGGAUGAUCCAGGAAGCACUUGGUGAGAGGAAUCUCCAGGAUGUUUCCGGACAGCCACUGGUCCUCCAUGGCCAGCCUGCCCCUGCCAAGCCCCAGAUUUCAGACAUGGACAAGCUGGGGCAGAGCCCAGGUCCCCAGAGCACCACCCCAGGGAUACAGACAGGGACCCCCAGCGCCCAGAGUGGCACCACUGGGACACAGCCUGGUUCACAAGCAGACCAUCCAGCUACGGAGGGCAUCACCAGUGACCUGUCUGAGCUCCAGGGCCAGAUGUCCUCCCUGCAGAACCUGGCCAGAGACCUGCAGGACGAAAAGGAGAAGAUCAAACAGCUGGAGGAAGCCCUUGGAAAGCUGGCUGUGACCGUAGCCAUGUGUGAAGUGGAUGGCACCAACCAGAUCCCCCUACAGCUGGAGUCUGCACUGCAGGAGAUUAAGCAGGAGCACCAGGAGCUGAGAGAGGAGCAGAAGAAUACUGAGGCCACACUGAAGCAGCUGGUCACAGCUGACCAGCUUCAGGAGCAGCUGAAUGAGCUGAGAGCAAUGAUGGAAAGUGGGGGGCAGCCGCAGGGAGAGUCACAGGAAGUGCGCCCCGACCACAGCUCGGGCACCAAGCUUGUGAGGAGGCUCCUACACCACUGUGAAAGGCUCCAGGAGCAGGUGGACUCCCUGGUGUCACAGCAGGUUCAGAGGCUGCAGAAGACCCAGGAUGAGGACCUGCUAAAGAGCAUGCAGGCCACCAUUGUGCGGGUGGAAGGGGACUGCGAGCAGCUCAGCUACGUCACGGGGAGCCUCCGGGAUGACCAUCGCCAGCACCAGAAAGAUAUCGAGGCUCUGUUCCAGUCCCUGGAGGGUCUUGAGAAGAAAGCAGACAAGGAGGACCUGCUGCUGCUGAAAGUGGACAAAGCUGCCCUGGGCAGCAAAGUCAGCUGCGCCCAUUUUGAUGCGAGCAUGGAGCGUCUGGAGGAUAGGAUCCAUGAGUUGCUGAGACGGGUGUUAGGCCAGGAGCAGCACUGGCAGGAGGCCCAGCAGUGGUUCAGUGAUGCCCUGGACUCCAAGCUGGAUCGCCUGGAGCUGGGACCUUUCCAGAAGCAGUUGGAGGAAACGUGGGCGAGGACCAUCAAGCAUCUCAAGGAUGAGUUGUCGGUAGAGAUUGACAACGCUGCUGGAAUUAAGCAGCAGCUGCUGGUCCCUUACAAGUGCCUGUCCUGUGACCGGCACCUCAACAUCCAGGUGCCUGGCCCGCACAUUGACGCACUGCCGUUUCUUCCACCACUGCCCAGCCGCCACGCUGCACACUACUCUACCAUCUCCACAGAGGAGGACGCACAACAGGAUAGUCAAAGGAAGCCGGUCAAAAGCGAGUUCCUCGAGUCGCAGAGCUGCACGGAUCAAGACACAUCCAGUGCACUGCACAAGGGUGUCCUACACCUCUCCAAAAAGCCUGGUGUGACUGAGCUGCUGGGCACAGAAGACUGCAUGGAAGGCAGCCAGGAGCACAAGCCUGAGGUGGCAAAGACAACACAGGAUGAACUGGGCCCCACCACCUCAGAAGAGCACCAGCCAGACUCAGACCUCAACCACUGAUUCCGGGCCCUGCAGCAUGUACUGCAAAUCCAGUCCCCCUGGAUGAAACAAGCAGCCAGGCAGCUGGCUGGGACUGGAUGCUCGGAGCCCUGCAGGAAGAAAAGACUGGGACAGCUGUCCAAAGGGAUUUCUUUACAAAUUAAUUUAAAAAAUUGUAACCUGCUGUGUUUGAGAAUUCUAAGCAAGACUGAUUUCAAAACUAA